AUGCCGAACACUGCCUCCACGCUUUCCCAGCGCUACUACGAUUUUGCCAACGUCACUUUUCCGUCGAUGGUUGACGACGGCGCAUACCGCGUCUGCGUCAAGACGAACGAGCCGCCAACCAACGCGGUCAUCUGGCUCGAGUCCAAGAAGACCAAGCUCCAGUGGCAAUGCGUGAUCGAAGACUUUACCAAGCACAUGAAGUCGGCAUUUGCGCUUCCGAACGCCGUCAUUCUGGCAGCCAUCAAGAAUGGACUUGCCGCCAUCGAUGAAGCUGCAUCCAAGGUGGGCGACGCGGCAACAAUGCCAUCGGUGGUACCUGCCAGUACGAUCAACCUGUGUGCCGAAAAGACGAGCUUGGCGCUUCGCCUUGAGAUCAAGAUGUCGCCCGAGUGGACAACGGGCUAUAGCUUUGAGAUGACGCCCAUUGAGGUCAAGGUCGUCGACAUCUUGGAGGCUCGCAUCCGCGACCUCGAAGCAAUCGUCGCUCGACCGCGCUUGGUGUUCUGCACCGUGACGGGGACGGUUGCGGGUGUGAACCUACCGUGUACGUGGACUACACCGGACGUGAAGAAGGCGUCGGCGCUCAUUCGCCUCGACGACAAUGCCGAAAGCGUUGUCCUGCUGCAGCAAGGGGUGUACACCAUCCAGUGCGCUUGCCAGUCGGUAGCCACUACGUCUGCGUCCAUCUCCCUCUACAUCGGCGCGACUUGCGUCAAGACAUCGUCCUACACCACCCAGUACAACUCGAGCCAAAUGCUCGACAUCGCCCAUGUUGCGGAUCUUGACGCUGGCACCCACCUCCAGCUCCUCGGCGGUAUUGCCUACGGUGUAGGCGUGUCGAUGACAGUUAUUUUGCACGUGUAG